CAAUGGUAUGCAUUUUUCUUGAUUGUUCACAUGGUUUCGUCUUUAGUUUCUCUAGCUACCAGCUGCUCUCAGUCAGUAUGUUGCGACCUACUACCUUUGUUUCUAAAUGUAGGACAUUUUGGUAGUUCAAUCUGAGAGCGGGCGGUAUUUAUGUACGCCAAAAAGACAUUUUGGUAGUUCAAGCUGUGUGGGUUGCCAGUGGUUGAGCCCAAGAUGAGCCCGGGGGAGGAGCAAGUGACCAUGUCAUUUAAGGAAUUCUUCCUAUGCAACUACGAACGCUUCGAGGAAGGCCUGCGCUGCUGCAUAGAGGCUUACCGCAACGACCUCCUCCUCCCCGCAAAGUGCAAGCAGAGCUUCCCUUUUAUAGAUGAGCUCCUGCGCGCGCUCGAAACCUUGGGGGACCUCCUGUGAUCCGACCCAGAACGGCUGAUGCGAAAGCUCUUCUUCAAGAAGCCGGUGGGGUGGCCGGAGUUUCUGGAAGCAAGAGCCGUGUGCAUCGACAAGCUGAAGCAAUUGCCCGACCACUUUCACGUCCCAACAUCUUAUGACAAAUUCGAAGAGUACAUACUGAACAAUGCUAAGAUCAUACUUUGCACCGCUUGUACCUCGUCCCACCUGAGCCGGACCGUGGAGCUUGGGGAAUUUAAGCCAAUCGACCUUCUUAUCGUCGACGAGGCGGAGCAGCUGAGGGAGCGUGAGAUACCGAUACCUCUGCACACCGGUGUCCAUCGCACUGUCCUCAUUGGCGACGACUGCAAGUUACCGGCGCUAAUCAAAAGCAAGGUGGUCUUUCUUUCCAACUUCCCCUAUACAAACAUGAUCUUGCUUGUUUUUCUCUUUCUUUUACACGACACAGUCAGUCUUGUAAUGUUUGCACAACUCUAUUGUACCUUGCAGGUCAGCGUGGACGCCGACUUUGGGAGAAGCCUGUUCGAGAGGCUUAUAUCUCUUGGACAUCCUAGGCACCUCCUUGAUGUGCAGUUCAGGAUGCACCCGGAGAUAAGCAAGUUCCCCCUCUCGAGGUUUUACCUCGGUAAGGUGACAGAUGGCCCCAACGUCCUCCAAAGGGAUUACGAGAGGAAGCUCCUGGCUGGCCCAAUGUACGGCCCCUACUCGUUCAUCGACAUCAAAGGCGGGACCGAGAGCUCGGGCGAGCAUGACAUGAGCCUGAGCGACGCGGCCGAGGCAGCCGCCGUGACCCGGAUCGUGGAGAGAUUGUUCAAUGAGUCGGUUUGCUCGGGACAAAAGCUAGCCGUAGGCGUGGUGUCGCCCUACAAUGCGCAAGGCCACGCCAUCCAGGAGAGGCUCGGAAGGCUCGAGUGCGGGGCACACGGCGAUGGAGAAGGCUUCUCCGUGAAGGUUCGGACCGUGGAGGGGUUCCAGGGCGCCGAGGAGGACGUCAUCGUCUUCUCUGCCGUGCACAGCAACGGCAACGGGUCGGUCGGGUUGCUGGCCGACUGGAGGCGCACGAACGUGGCGCUCACCCGGGCAAAGCACUGCCUUUGGAUCCUGGGCGACGCGGCGACGCUGUCGAGCAGCAAGACGAUCUGGCAGGAGAUUGUGGCCGACGCAAAGGAGAGAGGGUGCUUCUACGACUGCAACGAGGACAAGGACCUCGCGGCCGCGAUACGCGACGCCGUGGUCGAUCGGUCGGAUGAAUUAAUUGGACAAUCUGCUCAACGUUGAGAGCACACUCGUAUAGGCGGGCGGGUGAUCAUGAUCUAGGGUACGAAUGAACCUAUGCCUGGUACUUGUUAAGUCGAGAAGGAACCAAUGGCCGAAAGAUUCAUGGCCUUAAUCUGUUGGACCAGUAGGUGCCGCCACUUCCUUUCCUGCAAGAAUCCAAGAUGAACUACAUAUGAAAUUAUGGCUGGUAGGGAUACGGUUGUGUGUCAAUUCCGCGUCGGUCUGCUACUCUUGGGAGGCCAACUGAAGAAGCUUUUGUAGGCGCAGAGAAACAUGGUGACACCGAACUGUAAGCCUUGAGACUGCCGGAAGUCCAUUGUUCUCCCCUGUCCCUGUAUAUACCACAUUAUCAUUAUCAUUUUUCAUUUUAUGAUUUUGGUAAAGAGGGUUUCCCCUCUGAUGUCAACUAUUGGCAACCAGCAGCAUAUAGUCUAUAGUGCUCUUUCAGUUUUCUUUUGAUCUUGGUAGCCAUUGAUGAAAGUGUUACCCUGCAAUGCAUGGAUCUAGAUGAAGCCAGCAUGUAGAAGAAAGAGGGAGACGAAGAGUCGAAGAUGCUUGGAACUGCA